AUGAGUUCUCGUGCUAGGAAAAUAGUUGAUUUAGCACUAAAAAAGCUGAAGGAUGAAACAUCAGAGGAUGAAAAUAGUUCCUUCGAUUCGGAUUUGGAUCCGAUGUUUUUGCCAUCUAGUGAGGAAGAUUUUAGUAUAAGUUCUGAUGCAUCGAUUGAAGAGAAUAAAAUUGAUUUUGCCAAGAAGAAGGUAUUCAAGAAAAAAAAAUCAGAAGUAAGAAAAGAGCCUUCUGAAUUCCAGCCGUGUUGUUCAAAAUCACUUCAAGCUGUUGAUUUUGAAGAAAAUGCAGAACUUCUCGAAGAGAGGACUCAAGAACCCGAAAACUUUGUGCCUGGAGAAGAUUCCAGGAACAGAUUAGAAGAUAUGCAAUCGGAUAACGAAGCAGAAAUUGUUCACCCAAUUGAACAUUUAUGGAAGGCGCCAGUAGGAGCACACAAAAUUUUUGAAUAUUCUUCUGAAAGUGGUUUGAAUGCUGGUUAUGCUGCAGUUCUCAUCAACGAAUUAUCUCCAUAUAAAUGUUUUCGUUGUUUCGUUGAUGAAGAAAUCGUCAAUGAAAUGGUUCAUCAGACUAAUUUAUACGCGACUCAAGUAUUAUGUGAUAAAGAAAACGUUAGCAACUAUUCUAGGCUGCACAAAUGGUUUCCAACUGAUCAAAAUGAAAUGCUAAAAUUUAUUGGAAUUGUAGCAUAUAUGGGUAUGGUUCGGAUGCCAUCCUUGGAGAAAUAUUGGAGCACAGAUUGUCUCUACAAAAUGGCCUGUAUUUCGAAGAUAAUGUCGAGAAACAGAUUCCAAUUACUUCUCAGGAUGUGGCAUUUCUCUGAUAAUGAAACUUGUACAGUGGGGGAUAGAUUACAUAAAAUAAAACCUCUACUAGACAGAUUGGUGAAAAAUUUUCAAAGUGUGUACACUCCUGGUAGAAUAUUCUGUAUCGAUGAUUCAGUUAUUCCCUUCCAAGGUCGUCUCCUAAUGAAGCAGUAUAUACCAAAUAAAACGCAUAAAUAUGGGGAAAAAGAAGGUAAUGCAUCUGUACCAACCAAUGUCGUGCUGAAUUUGUCCGAAAAUCUACUCGACACAGGCAGAACUAUAGUGGCUGAUAACUACUAUACUAGCCUUGAGCUGGCUAAUGUACUGCUAGACCGCAAAACUCACUAUAUUGGUACAUUGAGGGCUAAUCGUCGCGGCAACCCGAAAGAAGUGAUUCGAAAAAAACUGAAAAAAGGUGAGGUUUUUGGUUUGGAAAAUGAAAAAGGUAUAUGUGUUUUGAAGUGGAAAGAUAAAAGAGACGUUCUUGUCCUAUCCACAAAACAUACAACUGAAACCGUCGAUAUUCAGGGUCGUAAUGGUACAAGGACAAAACCACGAGCCAUUGUGGAAUACAAUGAAGCAAAAUCUUCAAUUGACCAAUCAUUAUCAAAUGGCAAGUUAUCACUCACCACUGAGAAAAUCUCUGAAGUGGUACAGAAAACUUGGGAUUGA